AUGGGCGACGUCAAGGUCUGCGCGCCGCCCCGUCCGGACGGCCUGUUCGUCGAGGAGGUUCCUUCGGGCUUCGUUUUACAGUCGUCGAAUCCUCAUCCUCUCACGAUUGAUGCCGACAACUGGCGGCUGGCGGAGAGGUUGACCGAAAGGAUAGUCCGGCGGAUUCAGCCCACCAAGCUGGCCGACGAAGGGAGGGGGAAGAUUGUGGAGCAUGUUCGAAGUCUGAUCAAAGGAGUCGCCGAUGCCGAGGUAUUUCCUGCGAUGGUCAUCGCCAUCCUCAUUUCAGUCGAAUCAUAGCUCAAGUGCUGGAUCUAUCUUCUUCGUUUCUGUUCCUGACUUCUCAGGAAGUUUCUUUGCCUGCUCUACCGGAUUUUCUGUUCUUCCAUUGCAAUUUAUCAAUGUUCGUCAUUAUCAAACUAACUUCUGUGUAAUCGAAUAUCCCUCUUCAUCUCAUUAGUUACAAGCCGAAUCAAUCCCAGUAGGGAUGAACUGGAUCUUCCAUCCUCCCCAUUUGUCUCUCUCCAUGGAGGAAGAUGGUCCGAAAUUUUUGUCAAGAGUAGUCACUUAUUAGUUACUGCAAAUAUGAACAUAUGAUUAUGACGAUGACUCAAUUUCACACAUUGCCAGUUAGUUUUUACAGCUGCUUUACAAUUAUUUUAGAUAUGAUACUUACCACUUUAGGUCGCAUGAACUCUACUUAUGCUCUCUACAUAAAAAAGCCCAAAAAACGAACACAAAUUGAACUCACACGUGAGUGGUUGUGCUUAUAAUAGUCGUUCAUUUUUUAUUAAAAAUAGAAGUAUGUGAUUAUAAAGAUGAGCCCAUUUUACUCGUUGCUGAUUUGUCUUGAGUUGGCAUCCACAUAACUAUUUCUGCUUGCUCAAUUAAAUUUUUUCCCAUGCAAGCUCCUCGUUUCAUUGCUUUUUCUUAAACGGUUGCGUCACUACGAAAAAUUAGUAGUUUGCAUGAAUCUGCCGUCAGAAGUUCCUCCUAGUGAUUGCCAUUAAUGUGUGUUGGUUUAAAAGAAAACAUGUUUAAUUGCUUCCCGUAUUAUAUUUCAUGCUGGGCACCCUAAUUUAUUUGAAAUGGUAUUUUAUUUUUUGUCAUUUUAAGUUGAAAUUAUAUUUGAUUCAGCGGCCUUCUGGAGGAUCUGGAUGGUUGCUUAUGCCGCAUUUUUGGGUGGGGAUUACGUUUGGAUUCAUGCCAUGAAUAUUUUGAUGGAAAGCUCUGAUGCUGAGGUCUGUUCUGAUCUUCUAUUUGCAGAUAUUCCCAUUCGGUUCAGUGCCCUUGAAGACGUAUCUUCCUGAUGGCGAUAUCGAUCUAACAGUGAUCAUAAGACAGGGAAAUGAGGAUUCCCUGUCCAAAAAUGUCCUGGCUGUUCUUCAGGACAGAGAGCAGAAAGGGAGUUCUCAGCUUGAAAUCAAGGAUGUACAGUAUAUUAAUGCUGAGGUGCCUCUCAUCGCCAUCUUGUUAGAAAUUAUUGCCUGGAAAGAAGUUCUCGAUGAUCGUACAAUAAUAUAUUUAUUUUCUUUGCAUGAUGGGGGGGCUCCCCCCAUCUCCCCCUUUUGCAUGUUCUUCGUGAAACUGCUGUGUCAUAGAUUCUUUCGUAUGGGAGUUUUAUCCUGUGGGGAGAUGAAUAAAUGAAGGAGAUUAGCAUCUUGAACACCUUAUGGUCUUAGAUUCGGCUUAAAAGGUAGAUGAAGAUGGUUUAGGCUGGGGAAAUUGAGAACGCCAACGUGGGAGUAAUCGGCGAUCGGGUUUUAUAAGUAGCAAAACCUGUAGCCGGGUUUUAUCUGGCAUGCAAGUACAAUCUGCCUACCAUCAGCAUUUAUCAUUAAAAGGUCAAUGCAUGUGUAGAAGUCAAUUCAAUGGGCCCAUUUUCAUUACCAUGGCGUUCCAAGGGCAAUGCCGAUCAAAGAUUAGAAAAAUGAUAGAGAAUUUUUUUUUAUUGAACUUUAUUGAGGAUGUGAGCACAGGGAGAUUCAUUCGGAGGGUGUUUUAAUAUAAUUUAAAAGCGUCCUAAUACAUCUUGGUCCAGCCAGAAAUUAAUGUGAAAGUUUACCUCUGGACUAAUAUUCCCAAAAAAAAAAAACAUUACGCCUCGAUAGAUUCAUCCUUUUAUUUUUUUAUAAGAUUCUGAGUAUUUUUUUUCAGGUCAAACUCGUGAAAUGCCUGGUUCAGAAUAUCCUGGUGGACAUCUCCUUCCAGCAGUCCGGUGGGCUCUGUACUCUGUGUUUUCUUGAGAAGGUAUGAUGGCCCAAGUGACAAGAAACCCAGAUUUACACCUAAUUUUCCUUGUGAUAAAUGGACCAAGAAAAAUAAUAAAUUGACAUUUUCUGGUUUCUGCAGGUGGAUCAAAUGAUCGGGAAAGACCACCUCUUCAAACGUAGUAUCAUCUUGAUCAAGGCCUGGUGCUACUACGAAAGCCGCAUUCUUGGGGCCCACCAUGGUCUGCUCUCCUCAUAUGCCUUGGAGACCUUGGUCCUCUACAUCUUCCAUGUCUUCCACUCGUCCUUGGACGGCCCUCUCGCAGUUUUGUACAGGUUCUUAGACUUCUUCGGCCACUUCGACUGGGACAAUUACUGUGUCAGCUUGAAUGGCCCGGUCUGUUUAUCUUCUUUACCAGACAUACUCGGUGAGCCCUCUCUCUCUCUUUCUCUCCAAAUUUAGUAGACUUGAUAGAUCUUCUGUGUGGGCCUGAGGUUUCAUAUGAUCACCAGCUGAGCCGCCGAGAAUUGAUGGAGAUGCUCGGCUGCUCUCGAGAGAUUUCCUCAAAACGUUUGAAGAUGAAUUCUUGACACCUCUUGCCUGGUCAGAGGGAAACUCCGGGUCUCGAUCAUUCCAUAAGAAGCAUCUGAACAUAGUUGAUCCCUUGAAAGCGAGCAACAAUCUUGGCCGCAGCGUGAGCAAAGGUACUGGAAUCAGGGUUUCUAUUUUCCCCAACGGAGCAUCUUCUUGGUUCAACGAAGCUCAUCGCCAAACACUAUUUAUUUGCUUUUUAAAUUCCUGGAUCUGAAUUGGUUCUCACGGACAGGAAAUUCCUACCGGAUUCGAAGUGCUUUCACCUAUGGCGCCCGCAAGCUUGGGAGAAUACUCACAUUGCCCAGAGAGAGAAUCGCCAAAGAACUCAACAAGUUCUUCAUGAACUCGCUGGAUCAUAGUGAUGGUGAACAAUUGCAUGAAGAAGAUUCAUCCCCAAUGGCUUCAGAAAGUGCACUCUCUGGUACUAGUGAGACCACUGGAUUGCCAUUAAAGACCAGAUGUGCCAGAGAAAUGGCUUUUGUCUCUUCUUCUAUCAGAUCCCAUGGAGUCGACAAACCUCAGGCUCAGGCUACAACAAGAAAUACUGGGCCCUCGCCCAGGAGGGUUUUUCAUGCCCCUCAUCAGUUCUUCUGCAGAGAAGAUGAAGCCACCCGCAGCAGUAAACCAGAGGGGAUUUCAACAUCUGAGAGCUCCAUGAAGACAACGUCUGCAGACAGGGAGGACGACCCAGGUGAGGAGCUUGCCAAGAAGCGUGAGGGCACGAUGGUCAGUGGUUACCAUGCAGAGUCUUCUCCCUUUUCAGAUCUCACUGGAGAUUACGACACCCACAUGAAGAAUCUUCAGUAUGCCGUGUGCUGCCUCGACAGACAGCCGUCCUCUUCCUUCUACACCAGGAAUCAGCAGGAGGGCCUCUCUCGACACAACAUGGUCCACCCUGUGAUCACCAACUGGAUGUUCCCUAGCCCAUUCCAUCCUGCCCCUGGCUAUUAUGGAUCGAGUGCCCACGUUGUUCAUUGUGGAUAUGGCCCAGAAAACAUCCCAAGGACUCGGGGGACAGGGACAUACAUCCCAAAUAUGGUAUGCCUGCUCUUCAUAAUUUCACCAAUAUCUCUCCCUCUUCCUUCCCUUUUUUCUCUCUGGGAGGAAAUCUCCAUAGGGACUCUUCCUCUGGCCGGUGAGUAACAUCCGGCUUCAUUGCCUCAUGAUGUUUACGCUCGUCUCGUCUCUGUAGAACCAUUGGAUGUACAAGGAGAGGGACCCACCGGCGAGAGGAAAGGCUGAGGCUCAUGCAAGUCAGAGGACCCCGGGGGAUAGCACUGGCCGUGAACGGCUAUCACAUGAAAGUACUUCUGGGUCGAAUUGUCAACGGGGUCCAGGUCAGCUGGGGCUGGAUCAGGCUCCAUGCUCUACUUUUACUGGGUUCACGCAGCCAAAUGUUUCCUCCCCCACACUUGAGACUGGAGCUGGAGCUGGACCUGGACCUGGACCUGAACUUGGGAUCUCACACGAGCCGGUGGCCAUUCCUGGAAGAGGGGCUCUGUCCAAAAUAGUGGGGAGCUCCGCUGAAGAAAGGUUUGCAGCUUUAAUGCCACCUGGUGUUUCUCUCUGAACUACCAGAAAGAUUCAUGGAGUGGGAACUGACAAUCCCUCGCAACUGAUCUGCAGGCCAAUGGGAUCUUCUUCGUAUCAGCUGAAGAAUGAGGAUGACUUCCCACCUCUUCUAUCAUAG